UCCGCAAGCCAACCUGUGGCGGGUCUUCCCCGCCUCCGCAGCCUAGUGGCAAGGAGGUGGGAGGAAAGGAGGAAGAGAGGGAGGAGGCAGGACAGAGGGAGGGACUGCCCGGGAGGCAGGAGCGCCGCAAGGAGCCUAGCGGAGCACCGUGAGCUGAGGUGCAGCCAGCCACCCGCAGCUCCCUGCGCUGCGCCCCCUCAUCCAUAGCCCUCUGAGCCCCGCGCCCCUGGCAGCUUCCAGCGUUCGUCCCCAGGCAGCAUGGUGAGGUCUGUUCUGGGUCCCUCGCCACCAUGUACGUGAGCUACCUCCUAGACAAGGACGUGAGCAUGUACCCCAGCUCCGUGCGCCACUCCGGCGGCCUCAACCUGGCGCCGCAGAACUUUGUCAGCCCCCCGCAGUACCCGGACUACGGUGGUUACCACGUGGCGGCUGCGGCGGCUGCGGCGGCGAACUUGGACAGCGCUCAGUCGCCAGGGCCAUCCUGGCCCGCUGCAUACGGAGCCCCUCUCCGCGAGGACUGGAACGGCUACGCGCCUGGGGGCGCUGCCGCGGCCAACGCGGUAGCCCACGGCCUCAACGGGGGCUCCCCGGCCGCCGCUAUGGGCUACAGCAGCCCCGCCGACUACCACGCUCACCACCACCCGCAUCACCACCCGCACCAUCCGGCCGCAGCGCCGUCCUGCGCCUCGGGCUUGCUGCAGACGCUCAACCCCGGCCCUCCGGGGCCCACAGCCACCCCCGCCGCUGAGCAGCUGUCCCCCGGCGGCCAGCGGAGAAACCUGUGCGAGUGGAUGCGGAAGCCGGCGCAGCCGUCCCUGGGAAGCCAAGUGAAAACCAGGACGAAAGACAAAUACCGAGUGGUGUACACAGACCAUCAGCGGCUGGAGCUGGAGAAGGAGUUUCACUAUAGUCGAUACAUCACCAUCAGGCGGAAAGCUGAGCUGGCUGCCACGCUGGGGCUCUCAGAGAGGCAGGUUAAAAUUUGGUUUCAGAACCGCAGAGCCAAGGAAAGGAAAAUCAACAAGAAGAAAUUGCAACAGCAGCAGCAGCAGCAGCAGCCGCCGCCGCCGGCACCCCCUCCGCCCCAGCCGGCGCAGCCUCAGCCAGGCGCCCUGAGGAGCGUCCCCGAGCCCUUGAGUCCUGUGUCUUCGCUGCAAGGCUCGGUGCCCGGCUCUGUCUCUGGGGUCCUGGGGCCAGCUGGAGGGGUGUUAAACCCCACUGUCACCCAGUGA